UUAGUAAUUUCCUUGCUGGUUUAACAUCCACUCUCCGGCUCAGCGCACCCGUUCAUGCACUGACAGGGCUGCAUACACUUUUAUCUGUCAGGGCGAAAAAAUGGAAUUCGAUUGAUUGCAAAACAGAAGUGUCUAGUCUGGUAGGCAGGCGAGUUAGUUCUUUGGCGCAUAUUUUAUCACAAUACCGACAGCUCAUUUCAGCAAUGCCACUCGUUCGUCGUUACAACUACUCGAGUGACGUGUUCAGAUCCUAAUUAAGAGAUGUAAAAGGACUAAUUAUUUCUUAGCGAUUGACAAUUGGAUGAGAUCGGAUCCGCUUGUCAAUUCUGUGAACGUUUUGUAACAUAUUGCAUGUGAACUUGCCGUUUACCACACGACAAGAUACGAUCUGCUAAGCUUCAAGUGUAUAACCUGAUAGCAAAAUUUGUUUUUCGUUCACUUUCUUUUGUAAGCAAUGCAGAACUACUCAGUUGGAAAUAUAGGUAAAAGAGCUGAGAUGAUGCAUCGCGCCAUGAACGCAGUUACACAGUCUUGCCAAAUGGGAAACGUUCCAUUGAGUCAUCCACAAAUUCAAAAUAGAAGUUCCAGUAGCCGUUCACCACCAUUAUUGUCGGGAGACUCGGCUAUGGAGCUUCCGCAGCAAGUGGAAACAGGGAAGGAGAAAUUAACGGUGAAACGAGAACAGGCGCGAACACCAUCAAUGGUUCAAGUACACGGCGAAAACCCAAACAAUCCAGCUUCUCAUUCACCGAUCAUGGACACGACAGCAGCGCACGAAAACUCACCAAAGCGUAAAAAGAGACGGAAUCGAACAACAUUUACAUCAUAUCAACUCGAGGAAAUGGAAGGUGUAUUUCAAAAGACCCAUUAUCCCGAUGUUUAUACUAGGGAACAAUUGGCACUGAGGACAGAUUUAACAGAAGCUCGCGUACAAGUUUGGUUUCAAAAUAGACGAGCGAAAUGGCGAAAACGGGAAAGAUUUCCUCAGAUUCCUGUUCGGCCACCAUGUCUUCCAAACUCACCCCAUUUGUACCGCGAAUCCCUUCCUACACAAAUUCUGCUCCACCACAUUGGUCUUCCACUGCAGCAAUGGCAAGACCUCCACCAAAGUCACCAAUAUCUCCUUACAGUCCCCAAAUGUCCUCAGGUCUAA